GUUACUUUAAAAUAUUUAUACACCAGAGAGUAUGAGGUCGCCCUAUUUCCCAGCGAGGUUGGUGCUGUUCCACAAGGAGCCCAAUGGAGUGACGUACAGAGUCCCAGCACUGCUCUACCUGCCCCGCUCCAGGUCCUUCCUGGCCUUUUGUGAGGAGAGACUCAGCCCGUCAGACUCUGAGGCUCACCUGCUGGUGAUGAGGAAAGGCACUUUCUACAGGAACUACGUGGAGUGGGAGGACAUGCGUGUCCUGGGCACUGCUUUCCUGCCAGGCCACCGCUCCAUGAACCCAUGCCCAGUGUACGAUGAGUUCACAGGUACUCUCUUCUUGUUCUUCAUCGCUGUCCUCGGCCACACCUCAGAGUCCUAUCAGCUGGUGACGGGGAAGAACGUGACCCGUCUGUGCUACAUCUGCAGCACAGACGAUGGAGACACCUGGAGUCAUCUCACCGACCUCACCAAAAGGGUCAUAGGAGAUACGAUCAAAGAAUGGGCCACAUUUGCUCUCGGCCCGGGCCACGGCAUCCAACUGAAGUCCGGCCGUCUCCUGAUUCCUGCCUACGCCUACCACAUCGAGUGCAAAGAGUGCUUCGGGCAGCUCUGCCAGACCAGUCCCCACGCCUUCUGCUUCCACAGUGACACCCAUGGGCGAACCUGGCGUUUUGGGGAGGCGGUGCCAGUGCCGGAGAGCUUGGAGUGUCAAAUGGUGUCUGUGGAUGAAGAGGAUGGGACCAAUGUGUUGUACUGUAAUGCGCGCAGUCCUCUGGGAUACAGAGUGCAGGCCCUCAGUCUGGAUGAUGGAGCUGUGUUUCAGGAGGGGCAGCUGGUCCAGCGGCUGGUGGAGCCUCGAAAUGGUUGUCAUGGCAGCAUUGUGGGAUUUCCUGCCCCGUUACAUUUAUAUCACUCUCUUGACCAACACUUGCACCAACCUGUGCAUCACUCCAGACACUGGACGUCCUGCAUGACAAACUCUAAUCACACCAUCUCGCCGUCUCCAAACAUCACCACCUCUGCUUCCACCGCCCCCUCGCCAGCCAAUCAUCCAGAUUUCCUCACCCCCACCUGGGUCGUAUACUCCCACCCAACAUGGACCACAGCACGCAAGGAUCUGGGUGUGUUCCUCAGCCUGUUUCCCCGUGACCCAGACAGUUGGCGUGGCCCCUGGGUGAUCUAUGAGGGCCCCAGCGCCUACUCUGACCUUGCCUAUCUAGAGUUGACCCCCUUACCUGGUGCACCGCCUGCUGUGGCCUUCGCCUGCCUGUUUGAGUGCGGCACCAGCACAGCCUACGAUGAAAUCUGCUUCAGCAUCUUCACCCUGUACGAGCUCAUUGAUAAUCUGCCCCGGGAGGCGCAGCUGGGGAAUAACACUCAUGAAUGUGAAAGACGACAGAAUCAAGAGACAGACUGUACAAGGAGACAAGACGCUCAAAGGGCUCCAGUUUUUCAUCAGGUUCCUCGUGUGAAGAAGAGGAGGAAAAAGAGCAAGCUGACUGAGAUGUGCUCUGUGUGUUGAAUGAAGUUUUUAUGCCUCUGCGCCAGCGAAAGCUGUGGCAGGAGGCAUUAUGUUUUUGGG